AUGGCGGACACAUACUCGCACCGCCUUUCCACCCACACAUCGACGGUCAUGUCAGAAAAGACCGCCUCGGCAUCAUACAUCACACCUCCCUCACCACGUCGAAGACCUACGAAUCGCCGCAGCGAGAGUACGCGCACAUCUAACGCCACUGUGAGCACCAACAUGAGCUACGAUCAGCGAAGUAGUAUGGGUACACGAUUGUCAGAAGCCACCAACAUCACUCAGCCACCCAGCUACUCAAAGAAGUUCGUUGUCAAAUAUGUGCCGACUGUCUUCGAAAACUACAUCACUCAGACCAUUCAUCCACCCACCGGCAAGACCGUCGAACUGGCACUCUGGGACACCGCCGGUCAAGAAGAAUACGACCGACUGCGACCACUCUCAUACCCGGAGACUGACCUCCUUUUCGUAUGCUUCGCCAUUGACUGUCCCAACUCGCUAGAAAACGUCAUGGACAAGUGGUACCCAGAGGUCCUUCACUUCUGUCCUUCCACUCCCCUCGUCCUCGUCGGUCUGAAGUCCGAUCUGCGCACAAAACGAACCUGCAUCGAACUUCUUCGCACACAAGGCCUCACACCCGUCACACCCGAGCAAGGCGCUGCCGUGGCCCGCAAAAUGGGCGCGCAAUACAUCGAGUGCUCAGCCAAAGAGGCCAAGGGCAUCGACGAGGUAUUCGAGCUGGCUAUCAAUACUGCGGUCCAGACCGAGGAGGCGAGAUACGAGGAUGUUGGGCCAGACACGGGUGGGAGAAAAGUCAAGGCCAAGAAGCGGGCCAAGUGUGUCAUCCUGUGA